AUGCAAUCCACUCCCGACUGGCCCCCAACGCCAGGUGCCCUACGGCCGUCUCCUUUCCCGCACCCUGUACUGCACGUCCUCCACCGCCUGGCCCGAGCCCUGCUCUUUCCGGCUUACUGGGCGCUGGACCGGCUGCUGGGCUGCUGGGCGCCGGUGGUGCGCCCGAGCUGCCUGAGCGCGCUGACCUCAGCCGCGGGGGCCGCGGCGGCGCUGCUGCUGCUGCUCCUGGUCGGCCUGCCCCUGGCACUGCCCAGCCUGCUGCUCUGGCUGCUCCUGCAGGCUUGGCGCCGCCCCUUCUGCUACCGGCCCCCUCCGCAGUACUGGGAGCCCCCAGCGCCCUGGCGCCCCCCAGCUGAGCCCGCGCGCUGCUUUGGCUUCCUCAGCGCCAACCUGUGUCUGCUCCCCGACGGGCUAGCGCGCUUCAACAACCUGCAGCACAGCCAGCGGCGGGCCGAGGCUAUAGGCGCCACGCUGCUCGCCGGCCUGCGGCCCUCACGCUAUGGGACUACGGGCUCCAGUCAGCCAGGGGCGGGGACGCCCGGUGGGGUGCUGAUGGCCGCGGUGCCGGCAGGUCUGGACUUCGUGUGCCUGCAGGAGGUGUUCGACCUGCGCGCGGCGCACCGCCUCGUCAGCCGCCUAGCGCCCAAUCUGGGCCCGGUGCUGUACGACGUGGGCUCCUUUGGCCUGCAGCCCGGGCCGCACCUCAAGCUGCUCGGCAGCGGGCUGCUGCUGGCCUCACGUUAUCCGCUGCUGCGCGCCGCCUUCCGAUCCUUCCCCCACGCACGUCGCGAGGAUGCGCUGGCCUCCAAGGGACUGCUUUCCGCACAGGCGCAGGUGGGCAUCCUGGACGGGCGCCCCAUCGUGGGCUUCCUGCACUGCACGCACUUGCAUGCGCCGAGUGGGGACGGGCCCUUGCGCUGCAAACAGCUGACGCUUCUGCUGGACUGGAUGGAGCAGUUUGAAGCCGAGAGCCGCCAGAGUGGCGAGGCCGUGGCCUUCAGCGUGCUUCUGGGUGACCUAAACUUCGACAACUGUUCUUUAGACCACGCAAAGGAGCAGGAGCACGAGCUCUUCAGCCACUUCUGGGACCCCUGCCGGCUGGGCACUCGCCGGGAGCAGCCCUGGGCCCUCGGCACGAUGCUGAACACCUCCACUCUGCACCACUCGGUGGCCUGCUCCCCAGAGAUGCUGCGGAGGGCCCUGGAGCAGGAGGGAGGGCGCCACCGCUACCUGGCAGGCCCUCCCGGCAGAGGCCCGCGGGCUAAGCCCUGGCGGGGCCGGCGACUAGACUACGUCAUGUACCGGGGAGUGGCCGGAGGCCCUCUGAGCCCAGAGGUGGAGCAGGUGACCUUCAGCACCGCCCUGGCGGGGCUCACAGACCACCUGGCCGUGGGACUUCGGCUCCGAGUGUCCGUGCCCUCCUGA